AAGAGCAUUUCAUGCACAGUUUGCAAGGCAUUUGCAAUUGCAGUUCAGUUUCUCUGGAACAGACAGGAAGCUCAAGUGCUCUUGGUUCAAACCAUGACUGAGCCAGUGACUAGCCAACCGGGUGCCACUGUCUCCCCUGUGACUAUGUCCUCCGAAGGUAGCUGGAGCACAGGCAGAUACGACUGCUGUGCAGAUUUACCUAUGUGCUGCGUGGGAUUUUUGUGCCCACAUAUCCUAUCCUGUUAUGUAUCACACAAAUAUGGAGAGAACUGUUGCCUUGGGAUGGUGCCUGGUGGAAUGACAGCAUUACGGACUCACAUGCGGCUCUCUUAUGGCCUUCCGGGUACUGUUUGUCAGGAUGCACUGUCCAUUUUCUGUUGCGGCUGGUGUGAAUUAUGCCGCAUGGCUCGCGAAGUCCAUACCCGCUCCAAGAGUUCGUGAACGGAAACUAGCUGAAAACUGCACUGCUGCAAACCUCAAGAAAAGCAGCUUGGACUUCCCCUCUUUUAAAAAAGUUAUCCUUUUGUUUUAAACUGUGUUAAUACCACUGUGAACUAGUUGGAUGCCAAUACUGGCAGAAAGCUGAGAUAUAAAUGCUACAAACCAAAAGUACAGCAGCACUGGCAUUUCAGUUCUCAGGGCCAGUGGGGUUCUGAGGCCCUUUAGGCACCACAGUUGGGUAGAUCUUUAGCCGCACUGAAUCAUUGAUGCUACCAUGUCUAACCCUGCAAAGAGAAAGCACACCGUUUUUAGUGCUCUUAAAGUUGUUUAUGUUGUGAACAUGUACAGUAUCUAACUUCUGUAGGAAAAUGUCCGUCAUGUCUGGUGAGAAAACAUUUGGUGUAUGUCAUUGCACUUUGAUAUAACCAUACAAAUCUCGCAUUAUUUUCUUUACAAAAACAAUGUUUUGGCCUGAAAAGGAAACCCUAAGACUACUUCAAACCAUUAUCUUUGGCUUUUCUGAGACGAGGCAGGUGUUGCUCAGGGACAUAAGUAACCACAUCUUCACAGCUAGUUUUUAGUUUUAAGUGACUGCAAAGAUUGCCAUCUCUGCGUUGAGAAAUUCCUGGAGACUUGGGAGGUAGAGUCUAGGAGGGGUUUGUAGAGGGAGCUCAGCAGAGCAUUAUACCUCUCUCCAGAGCAGCCACUUUCUUUAGAGUAACUGAUCUUUUUCAGCGGGAGAUCAGUUGCAAUUCCAGAUCUCCAGGCCUCACCUCUGAAGCUUCUGCCACAAGAAAUGGUCUAGUCUUUGAGGUGCCCCAAUAUGCUGUAGCUUCAGCAGCCUAAGUGUGCUUAUCCCUCUGAAAUUCGGCUUCCAUUUUGUCUUUCUCCUUUGUGAACAGCUUUGACAAGGUAGUAGUGACCAAAAAAAUGGGAUGUACAGACUUCUAACAGAUAAAAUUAAAUGCAGUUAGAAGUU